UCUGUCUAUAUUAACAACGACAGCUAACUUUACGCAUACUUGAUCCACUUCCUUUUCCGUGUUAGCUGUGAAAGAAGAAACAUGCCGCUAGCAAAAGAUUUACUGCACCCAUUGCCCGCUGAAGAGAAGCGUAAGCAUAAGCUGAAGCGCUUGGUGCAACAUCCCAACUCUUACUUCAUGGACGUCAAGUGCCCCGGCUGCUACAGAAUUACCACAGUUUUCAGUCAUGCACAAGGCGUUGUUGUAUGUGCGGGAUGUGCCACAAUUCUGUGCCAACCCACAGGAGGACGUGCUAAACUCACUGAGGGUUGUUCUUUCAGAAGGAAGCCACAGUAGAAUAAUUAGAAGUCAGCGCGAUUAUUAAUUUUUUUAAUAAACAAAGAAUAAAAAGAUACAACCAAACAAGAGCAUUCAACUAUUUUCUUUACAUUAAAACAAUAAAAAGUGUGGUUCAGCUCCGUUGGAAAUAACUGCAAUGUUCAAAUGAUUUUAAUGAAUGAAGUGAAUUGUUUGUAAAAUUGGUAAAAUGAACUUGGAGAUCAAAUGCAUAAUAAAUGUAUUUGGUGUAAAUA